AUGGCCGCUCCGCGGCUUCCUCAUUUGUGGUCCACACUCGCGAAAUCGUUCGAAGCAACAAGUCCCGCCGUUCGAUCUGCCAGAGCCGCCGGGCGCAUUCAAGCCUAUCAUGCUUCCACACCACGCCGGAGACCAGUAGCACCGCAACAGCCGCGUUAUGGAACAGCAAACCAGCCUCCUCCUCACCUAGGUGGAGGCAAGGGCAUGCCGCCGUCGACCAGCGCCGCAGAAUCGGACCAAACGAAGGCACUUCCAAAGAUCGGAGCAAAACUACAGAAAGACGGCGAAGCAGAGAUCAAGGCUGUGCAGCGGGACGAGCAGGCUGAGGCUGGAGAGAAGACAGAACCGGCGACCGUUGAUGGUGACAUGGCUAGACGUAUACAGACAGAUCCUAUGCUGGAUGCAGAGCAAGCACGUACCACCAAAGCGCCAGGUGCACCAGACACGCCGCCAGCUCAUCCCUUGGAAUCCCUGUUAGACCAAGUCCCAGAUCCAGCAGAGCAUAAUGAAGAACAGCAGGAAACCGCGAAUGGUGCUCCUGAAGAUCGACCUGAGAUGUCCUUCGACGAACACAGUCCGUCGGUCAAGCCUCCUCACAUCAGCACACCUCGCCAUGUACACCACUUCGACACAUACGGUCUAGUGAAGCGGCUCGUAGAAGCUGGAUGGUCGGAAGAGCACGCAAUUACCAUCAUGAAGGGCAUGCGGGUCAUGCUUGCAGACAGUUUGGACGUCGCACGGGAAGCGCUUGUGAGCAAGUCGCAGGUAGAGAAUGAGACCUAUCUGUUCCGUGCAGCAUGCGCCGAGCUCAAAACAGAAGUCACCGCGCGCCGCAAGUCUGAGCAAGAGAAGAUGCGUACAGAGCGGGGCCAACUUCAGCAUGAAGUGGAGAUUUUGAAUCAGAAGCUUGGCCAAGAAAGCGCGGCCUUGAAGGACGAGCUCAAGGGCAUGUUUGACGACCGCAAGAUGGCCGUGCGGAAUGAGCAGCGUUCUAUGGAGUCCAAGAUUCAGCGGCUGAACUAUCAGAUCACGGUCGAUUUGCAGGCCGAUGCCAAGUCUGAGGUCGAAGGUCUGCGAUGGAUCAUGACCCGACGAGUCAUCGUGUCACUAGGCCUAAUCAUAGUGAUGGUUAUUGGCUCUCUGAAGCUCUAUAGUAACGCUGUUCAUGAACAAGAUCAGGAUGCGAAGCGGAAGGCUAAUAUGAGAUCAGGUGGCACGCAGACUGAGAACUCCAAUAGCAACGACCGCAACAAUGGGUCCAGCGACCGUCGAGAUGCAAAUCAGCUUGGGGGUGGAGAGAUGCUUGUAAAAGAUGGAGAUAAUCCAGCGUUUGUGAGUCUGGGAUAG